AUGAAUAAUUCAAAUACUAAUAAUAUACCAAUAAAAAAUAGUAACGCAAAUAAUAAUUUUAAAAAUCUAGUUGCAUCAUCUGCAGGUAGUUUUUUAACAUCGUUAAUAGUUACACCAUUGGAUGUUGUUAAAACUAGACUACAAACUCAAGUUACAAAACCACCACCAAAAUCAGUUUUAAAGACACAAUUUUGCAGACAACAUCGUUUAUCAUAUCAUUCUCAUUUUCAAAAGAAACAUGUUUUUAAUAAUACAACCGAUGCUUUUAAGAAAAUAUACAAAAAUGAAGGAAUUUUUACAUUUUGGAGAGGUUUAGCUCCAUCAUUAUUAAUGACUGUACCAAAUGCUGCAAUCGAGGGAUAUACAAUUUAUACUGUACCACUUAUUGCAGGUUCCAUUGCAAGAAUGGUAUCGGCUUCAGUUACAUCACCGUUAGAAUUAUUAAGAACCAAUUCACAGGGCGUUAGUUUAGCAGCAACCAAGAAUGCAAUGGCAUCAGUUGCAAAUACAGCUCAACAUGCUGUAUCCAAUGCAGCAUCUUCAACAUGUAAAGUAUUAGGUUGUUCAGCUAAUGUUUGUUUACCAACAGCUGCCGCUUACUCAACUUGCAGUACUAGAAUCCCAACAACACCACAAAAAUUCAAUUCAUUCACCCUAUUCAAUGACAUCAUUAAAAAUGUUGGUGUAAAAGGAUUAUGGAGAGGUUACAUACCAACCAUUGUGCGUGAUGUCCCAUUUUCAUCAUUAUACUGGGGCGGUUACGAGGUUUUAAAAUUAAAGUUUAUGAGAUUCCAAGACCCUUCUUAUAAAGUAGGCGGUAACUCUCCAUUUAUAAUAAACUUUGCUUCUGGUGCCAUAUCAGGAGCCUUUGCAGCUGCAUUAACAACUCCCAUCGAUGUUAUAAAAACAAGAAUUCAAAUGUCGGUACAACAAUCAUCAAAUCACUCCAAUGUAAAUACAAAAGAAUUAAGGAGUGUAAGAUAUCAUUUUAAACAAAUUAUUAAAGAAGAAGGUUUCAUAGGUUUAACUAAAGGAUUAGUACCACGUGUUGCUAAAGUUGGACCAGCAUGUGCAAUCAUGAUAUCAACUUUCGAAUGGAUUAAACAAUCAAAUUUUGAUUGA